AGAUUAAUUCCGUAUUUCGUUUUAGUCUCGCGGCAACGACGCCCGCGGUCGGUCGCUUACACGUGACCGUCAGUAUACUGUCGGUGUUUAGUUUAAAGAUCAUUUCCUACAUAUCAGCUAAGUGAAAAUACAACGCCAUGGAUCCCGAAGCCUUCUUAGACCUGGCCAAUCAGGUCAUCAAACUCAAAAUGUAUCCAUAUUUCGAUAUAGCGCAUUCACUAUUAUGUGCUCUAUCAGUCAGAGAAGAUUUAGGAACAGGUGCCCAAGCGUUUUCUCGUAAGCAUCCCCUGUCGUGCUGGCUGUCAACAAUGUUGGUUAUCUUCGCGGGCGGAAUGGUCGCCAAUGGACUGUUGGGAGAACCCAUUCUAGCUCCACUUAAGAACACUCCGCAACUUCUUAUUGGAACUGUCACAUGGUACGUCGUAUUCUACACGCCGUUCGACGUGGGAUACAAGGUGGCCAAGUUCUUGCCGGUCAAAGUUGUGGCUGCAACGAUGAAGGAGAUCUACCGCGCCAAGAAGGUGUACGACGGUGUCAGCCACGCGGCCAAACUGUACCCUAACGCCUAUAUCAUAAUGAUUAUAAUUGGUACAAUAAAGGGCAAUGGCGCCGGGUUUACGAAACUGGUGGAGAGACUCAUCCGCGGUGCCUGGACACCAACCGCCAUGGAGACCAUGCAGCCGAGCUUCUACACGAAGGCAUCUCUGGUCGCCUCUAUUAUGUUUGUGCUGGACAAGAAGACGGACCUCAUAUCAGCGCCGCACGCUCUCGUCUACUUUGGCAUCGUCAUUUUCUUUGUCUACUUUAAGUUGUCAUCGAUUCUACUGGGAAUCCACGAUCCAUUCGUGCCUUUUGAGAAUCUAUUCAGCGCUCUGUUCCUUGGCGGCAUUUGGGAUUCUCUCGCCAAGCUUCUUGGAAAGGGACAGCCUAAGGAAGAGACAAAAGACAGUAAAAAGACUAAUUAGGAAGAUAUCCAACUGACACCGACGUUUGCUUGAAGGAACUAAAGAAAAACGAAAAAAAAAAUAGUAAAACUCGUAAAUUUAAAAAAAAUGGCACAACGACCAAAGAUGAUGUUUGUAUUACCACUAGUCAUAACUUAGAGUAAGACGGCAUAUGGUUACUAUUUUAAGAUUGAAAUUUAAUUUGACAUUUUAUAAGUAUUUUCAGCACGAUUAUGUCAAUUCACUGACAUCUACUAAAUACCACUGGACUGUCAAAGUGCUUUUGUGCCUGUUUGAUGUUCGCCAUUUUGGCGCUGUUGGCCAUGUAGCGAGAGUCUGCGGUACUAAAAGCAGUGAUGACAACCUCAGCAAACGGAACUACUAACACGGAAAACGAACGAAAUUAAUUCAAAAUGCAAAAAUACUUCACAGUAUUGUACGUUCCUUCACAGCUAUUUGUAUUAUAUAUAAAAAUUAGUUCUCUGGACGCUCGCGAGUGGCGCUUCAAAAAGGCACAAAAAAUUUGCUGUCAAAGAUAUGGAACAGCAUCUCCAGUGGUAUUUGUACAAGGCACAAAAAAUUUGCUGUCAAAGAUAUGGAACAGCGUUUUCAGUGGUAUUUGUACAGGUCAGUGUUUCAAUUGUAUUCUAGGAUUUUUAUUAUAUAAUACAUAUAUUGAAGGUACAAUGUUUACGCACAUUUUAACGCAUAAUAAGUAGUUAUAUUUUCCUGGUAUCUUUAAUCAUUUGUAGUCGCACAAUUAUUCUUAAUGUUAUUUUAUGUCAAAUAAGAGCAUUGUAUUUAUUUUACUACGGGUAAUUUAUCAAUGCUGUUCGAACAAAAAAAAAUAUAUAAAUUAUCUGUGUUUGGUUAUGGGUAGUUUAUCUAUAAUUUAUGGUUUGGUUGUUAUUGAUGUAAUAAAAUCUAUUCCAUAAAUAAAACUUAAUAGGACAAUCUCUUACUUUUUCUAAAUAAAUUAAAAAUAAAACUCUUGUUAUGUGUGGUUUGCAAACACAGUAUAAACAAUAGGUAAUAAUUGAUAUUUUGAAUAUACUAAGAACAGUGUUGAUAAAUUACAUUUAUUGUUCGAAAGUAAAAAGUAAGUUCGAAACGAAAAACGAGAACGACUUUCUUUUCAAAAUGAAUGAAUUUUAUUUUACACAUCAAUUAUAGAGUCAUUAAAUACAAAAUAUAAUCAUUAAUAUUCCUUUCUAUGGAGAAACUACAAAAAAGACAGUUUUUGAUAAUGAGCACAGAACAAAAAUACUUUAGUAUAAUUGUAUUUUACUAUGGGAUUAGUUACAAUGAAACACUAGCCCGAAUGCUUGGGUGCACGCGUUCGGAGUUACUGUUUCGUUUAUUAUUUAAAUAUACUUUAAUUUAUUUAUUAAGUGAAAAGGGAGCAAUAAACUAUGAUUUAUAUAA